AUGGAAUCGGACAAUUCCUCGUUUGAGGCACCCAAGAGCCCGCCUGUGGAUAAGUCUCCCGCGCAGACACCACCCAUCGAGCCCAAGAAGACCCCAGAGACGUCCCCCGACAAGGGCGCUGUCGCAUCGGAGCCAGCCACCCCAAGAUCAGACAAAAUCCAGCCAGAGAAGGCAUCAUUUGCCACGACCAUGCCCAGCAUGGCAUACGGCGCAGACAGCGAGGUUGGCUCGGUUAUCAAGGACCCCGGCCUUGAUGACGAUACUGGCAACGACAAUGACUUGAGUGAUCCACCCGAGUCUAUAAGCGGCAUGUCUGAUGUGCCCAUGAACGAAGGCUCCCAGGACGAGAUCGUUGUUGGCUCCGCCAACAAUGAUGGCACCCCCAAGACCGAGGGUCUCCCCCCCGCUGUUGACCGGGAGGACUCUAACAUCAUGGAUGUCGACCAAGAGGAGGAGAUGGCUGACGCCCCCAUUUCCAACUAUCCUAAGCGGAAGCGGUCUUAUGUCUUUGGUGAUCUCACCGAGGACAAGAUAAACAAGUCCUUGGUCCCCGACGAGACGGACGAAGAAGCCUCUCCAGCCCCAGGCCCUGCAGCCGCACCCAGGAUCGGUAAGACGCCCCGCACAACUCAUGGCCUUGCUAGUGUCAAGGGCGUGACGAUUGGCUAUUGGCGUGAGUCCAAGGCGCCCAUCGGUGAUAAGCAUAUUGUUAAGGGCUUUAUCGAUUCCCGUGACCGCCUGCGCACUCGUGUCCAGCCCUGCAACCGCCAUGGCAAGGUUGUCACCGACCUUUACCCCCUUAAUCCGGGACCUGGUGGCAGCUGGGUGACCUUUGAGAAGAUCGUGUUCGAUGAUCAUCUCGUGCAUCUUGACCAGACCCAGGUCAAGGAGUAUGUCAAGAUCCGGUCUGAGAUGGAUGACCCUGAGGGCGAGAUUGGCCCCAACUCGGCCGCCGUCCAGCAGGCCAUAGCGCGGUGCAAGGCACGCGGCGCCCAGGUUGAAGGAGCCCAGCCGCCACAGAUUGCUUACGGUGUCGACAUCCCCGACCAUGCCCUUCAUCGUCCCGAGAAGCGUCGCCGUACAGGGGGAGUCAACUCUGCCAACGCCACCCCGGUUGCGAAGUCCGCCAACACCCCCUCACACCCGCCCGUGGCUGAUCUCCAUGGCACCCGCCCUACCAAGAUCCUCCUGGGUUUCUGGAAGGGCUCUGCCGAGCCCGACGAUAAGGACAAGCACGCUGUUUUCGGCAUUCUUGGCAACAACGACAUGUUCCGCGUCAAGGUGGGGCGGGAGACUCGUGAUGGCAGGCCUUUGCAGAGUAACUUCCCUUCUGGCGCAGGCGCGCUAUGGCUCUCGUUCGAUGAGUACCAGAUUGAGGACUACCUUGAGGGCAUGAGCCGCGUGGAACUCAAGGAGUAUUGUCGUGUUCGGCAGUAUCAGAUGGAUCACGGCGAGCGCCCCGAGGACAAGGAUCAGAAUCGCAAGCUGGCUAUCGACGAGGCACGUCACCGCGUCGCUUCGGGCUUUACCAAGCCUGAGCCUAGAGAGCAGCCCUUGCCAUCCAACACCAACGGCGGCCUCGGCGAGGGUCCAUACCCUGAUAAUUUCCUCAAGCGCGAGACUCCUACCCACGAGACCCGUCAAGCCCACGCCCGCCGUUCGCUGCCGACUCUCGUGCCAAACCAGGCUCGCCAGUCCACGCAGCCUCCCGAGUUCCGCGCUGCUAACCGCGGCGUUGCUGUCGAGUCCCGCACAAACAACUUGGCCGUCAACGCGGUCGCUCGCGCAGAGGCAAGGCAGACAAAGAACGACCAGCGCGAGGCUGCCUACAUGGCCCGUCAGACCACCGAGGGCGAGGUCGACGGAGAAGCCGAUGGUCAGGCUACCUUCCAGGACAACGUCUCCCGCCUGAACCGAGUCUGGGCUGCUCAGGAGGCCCGCCGUAUGCGAGCGAACAAGGAGGACGCCAAGAUCUACAUGGGCAUCAAGUACGAGCGCAAGCAGACUGGCCCCUUCGAGGGCAAGCUCGUCUCCCAGGGGACCAUCAUCUCUAUUGACGGCGAGGACUACGUGGAGUACCGCGUUCUUACGAAACCCACCUUCUUCUAG